GCGGGGGAGAGCAGCGUGCUCUGUGAUUGGCUGAUGCGGAGUCACGGGACUGGGAAGGGAAGAGGAGAGAAACAGAUUGAGCCUGUGUGAGUCUGCGCUCCGGCAAAAUGAGUGAGUCUUUAGUUGUAUGUGAGGUGGAUGGAGACUUGGUGAAGAAGCUGAGGGAUUUCCGCUUCAGGAAGGAGACCAGCAAUGCCGCCAUCAUCAUGAAGAUUGAUAAAGAUCGACAGCUGGUGGUCUUGGAUGAGGAGUAUGAAGAUGUUUCUCCUGAUGAACUGAAGGACGAACUGCCAGAGAGACAGCCUAGAUUUGUAGUCUACAGUUAUAAAUACCAGCAUGAUGAUGGACGAGUGUCAUAUCCCCUCUGUUUCAUUUUCUCCAGUCCAGUCGGAUGUAAGCCAGAGCAGCAAAUGAUGUACGCUGGAAGCAAAAACAAACUGGUGCAGACGGUGGAACUGACCAAGGUGUUUGAGAUCAGGAACACGGAGGAUCUGACAGAGGAGUGGCUGAGGGAGAAGCUCGGCUUCUUCCGUUAAGACCAUGCUCCAGUACAGACGAACAGGACGCUGUGCAUCGUCCUUAAAGAGGAAACCAUCGUCCAUUCAACACUAACCUCUGUGUGUGUGUGUGUGUGUGUGUGUUUAAAGAGUGCUACACAGAUAACAGACCCUGACACUGAAAAAACUUUCACUUGUCACAGAAAUCAGAAAAUCUAAUGUUUAACGUAUAAAAACUUCACCACAGGGGCACAGUGACGUCUCUCUCAGUAAUCCCUGCUAAAGACGUAGGGUUGUGUCCCAAACGCUGUGAGUCCCAACAUCGUGCUCACUGUGCUUACUGAGCCCUAACCUACAUCCGUUUCCGCAUCAGAAUCACAGAUCGCAGUGCAUUAUGGGUAAUACACUCCGAGAUUACACACCAUGUGCACCCCCGUGAGCAGAUAACCACCAGUAGAAAGAAUCUUUCAGUUUGGGACACAGCCAAAAUGGCUAAAAUUAUAUUUAGAACACUAAGAAGUGUUGAACACUAGCACUCUGUUUGAUUUACACUGAAAACUCUGCUUGUGUGUGAGUGUGUUUGUGUGCGUGCGUGUCAUCCGGCUCUCAGCCAAAUCCCGAUCCUGCACAUCUGUUUUUCAUCAGAUUUUCAUAACCGACUUUACACUAAAACUCUUUUAGCAGACAAACAAAAAAAUAGGAAACAACUUCAAACCUAGGGGACAUCACUAAAUUAGGCACACUUAAUCUGAGUGCACAUCUAACACAUUAGGGCCUUUUUUUUUUUUCAUUUUUAAUUAGCCUGCAUCAGAAAGACAGACACUACAAAGAAGACACUAGUAAUACUAAAAAGUGAGGAAAUGGAGAAAACUAGGGAACAAUUCAAAACUAGGGCACAUAAAUUAGAAGGUAAGGAGGAGGGAUUUUAGGAACAUGUGAGACCUGGUGAAGAAGUGAACCUCCUGAGUAAUUCUGUGUAUAUGCUUAGCCUAAGAGAUCCCUCCCUUUAAGUGCCCUUUUAGGACAGAGGAUAGAUUGGGGCAUGUCCCACAGUUUAAGACUUGACUGAAUAACGAUACAGUAGAUAUGAUCACAUGACCAAUGUAACUUUGUUUCGCAGACAAAAGACAUGGACAUGUAAUCUGAUGUCCAUCCCCAGUGCAUUGUGGGUAAGACAGACGGGCUGCGUGAACGAGACCGAGCCGUGAUUAGAUGUACUGUAUCAGUGUAGCGGAUCAGAUUUCUUCACUACAUUCCAGAUAAAUCACGUGUACUGUUUGUCAUCUACUGCCACGACAGACGUGUGUAUUGCCGUAAGAGCGUCUAUAGUGUCAACAUUCACGUGUAGCACAGUUAUAUCACUCAGUUAUAUCACUCGAAUUAAUCACCCGAAUUAAUCACCACACACCACAGGGACUGAACACAAAUACUUAAAGCAUCUCUCUCACAAACACACACAUACACACUUCCAUUUCCUUCUUUAUCGUCUGCUAUAGCCAAUCAAAUAUUCUCAUUAAUUAAUAAACCACAUGAUGAUGUCAGUCUUAAAACCUGUGAAUGUGACUCAUUUAUACGUGUUUCUUACCUUUCAGAUAAAUACUCAGAAACCGUGUUUUGGAUUUUAAAUGUAUGUGAUGUGUAGAAUAUUUUGAAGUCUGUGUUGAAUAUUUGUACUUUUCCAUGGUUUCUACGGUGUCUUAUGUAUCCACUCUUCCCAAUAAAACUACAACUCAUGACAAACUCA